AUGUCCGAGAGUUCUACAGUCAGAUACGAUGAAAUUGAAAAAGAGAUAGAAAGAAUGCAAUCAGCCAAUUCAAAAACAAGAGAAGAAAGUCUAGAAAAACUCUUUACUAUCGCUACAGAGAUAGGUAAACUAUCUACUAUCCAAUAUUUACUACCCUUUAUCAAAACAAUCUUAGAUACAAAUGAAGCCGCCAAAAGACCAAUCAUCAGACAGGUAGAACAGAUAGCUAAAGAGUUAGUUCUUGAUCUAAAACCGGUUAUACUUAUCUUUAAAGAGUUGUUUUUAACUAGAGAUGAAGAGAUAAGAAGAGAAGCAGCUGAAUCUCUAGUAAGUAUAGGAUUAGUCUUAGGAGAGAAGAAAGAGUUAAUGGCCGAGUUAGAACAAGUAGAGGAAUUAGUUUUAGAGUUGGGACAAAGUAAGUUUAUUAUGCAUCGCUUAUCAGCCUUGGCUUUGAUUAAGAAAGUCGUUAAUGAAGCUCAAUGUGCUUCUUAUUUUAAACGUAUUCGUUCUUUAGUUAAACAGUUAUUAGUAGAUACUUAUCCGAUUGUCCAAAAAAGAGUCUUAUCUUUACCUGAUGUUUUAUCUGGAUAUUGUACAGCUGAUGAUUUACUGGAAUUAAGUGAACGUUUACUUGAUGAAAAUGAAGAUUCAGUUAGGAGUUGUUUUGAUUGUCCAGCUGGUCUUUUACCUUGGUCAACGGCUUAUGCUGAGUUCUUUAUUCGUAUAUUUAAGAAGGGAGCAGUAGAUGUAAGUUGGGAAGUACGUAAUCGAGCGACUAGUCUGAUUAAAGUAGCUUUAGGGUAUGCUUAUGAGACUAAUAGUGGGGUAGUUAGUGAUUUAUUAGAAAUACUAGAUAAUUUAAUGACUGAUAAGGAAGAAUUAGUAAGAGUUAGUACGAUUAAAGCUAUUCCUGGGGUCUUCUUUGAAGUACCUCGGACUAAAGAGACGGUUUUAAGUCUAGUCGAAAGGGCUUCGCGUGAUAGUUCAGCUCGAGUUAAACAGAUGGUUCCGAUGACUUUAGCUGGUUUAGCUGAUGCUUUAGAUAGGAGUGAGAUUGAAGAAAGAAUCUUGCCUAUUGUACGACGUUUACUAGGAGAUGAAGAUACGGAGACUAAAAUGGAGACUAUUGCUCGUUUACGUUUACUUUAUGCUAAAUUAGGUCCUAGUGCGAUUGCUAGUGCUUUAACUCCAGUAAUUAGUGAUUUAGGUAGUGCUAGUUGGCGGACAAGAACGGCUGUACUAAGAAGUAUUGCUUCUUUAUCGCGGCAGAUAGAACAUUCAUAUUUUGAAGUGCAUUUAAAGUCGGCUUUCUUUCAGAUGUUUACUGAUCCGGUUUGGGAAGUACGGCGGGAGGCCGCUCGGAUUUUAGCUGAGAUUUCUUUGGCUUUUGGUACGGCUUGGGUCUUAGGUGAAGCUUUUCCGGCUUUAGACUUUCUUAGGACGAGUUCUAAUUAUGCGCAACGGAUAUCUUAUGUUUGGGCCUUGGGAGAAGUCUUACGGACUUUAUGGCCAAGAACGGUGCAACAAGCAGCCGCUAGUCUUUUGCAGGAAUGUGCUAGGGAUCCAGUGGCCCAAGUACGACUGGCGGUUGUUCAUGCCUUACAAGCAAGUGUUCUGGAGCAGAGACCGGAUAUUUUGCAGACGCUUCUUAAUGAUCCACAUCCUGAGAUUGUCCGGGCAGUUCAGGAGUCUUUGUAA